AUGAAGACAAAUCGCCUACUUAAAUUAAUUUGCCAUACCUUUAUUCCAUUGAAAAUAUUGAGUUAUGUAGAGUAAUGAGAAUAUUAUACCACAAGGAAUAAAUACCAGAUCCCAAAUGAUACCUCCUGUAAUAUUACACAUUAGCUAUUCCACUACUGCGAAAAGUGA